UAUUUAUUUACUGUGGUGACAAGUGACAUUAAGCUUUACUGUUCGGGUUAAUUUGGGACUAAAUCCGCCCUAUAUUUAAUGUACUCUUUGGUUUAAAUAAAUAUAUUACACUAUAACUAAAUUAUUCUUUUAGCUUGUUUAUUAUGGAUUCAGCCUACAAUAACCCCAUUCGACAACGAAUUAAUAAGAUUUUUGACAGCCACAUCAUAACUGAUAAUAGCGAAGCAUUGUAUACUGUGUCUGGAUUGUGUUCAUCGAAUUCCGCUUAUACUAGAAGAAUACUAGUAAAUGAAAUUGAGAAAAGGGAUUUAAUAGUUAAUAAAGCUAUUUUGGGCGAGUACAGCAAGGUAAAAGAUAAGUUGCAGGUAUUAAUUGAUUCGCUAAACUCAUUAGAUGUUGCAGUUAAAGACAUGUCAAACCGAUUGCAUGAAUCCAAAACGAAAACCCAUCACAUAAUAGCACAAACAACAAAAUUAAAAGAUGAAAGAAGAAAGACAAAGAAAAAGCUUUUGUGGGUUAAUGCAUUUGUGAAGAACUUUCAUCUGUCACCUGAGCAAUGCAAGAACCUUUUCGAUGUUUCCCCACUCACUAUAGAUUUCUUUAAUUCUUUAACUAGUAUAGAAAAAUUAAAUGAAAACUGUAGAACUCUUGUAAGGUGCUGGUAUCAAACCCCAGCAUUUGAUAUCAUGGAAACGAUAGGGUUACAGCAAGAAGCAGCCAUUGAAAAGCUAUACCAUUGGGCAAUUGGAGCAUGUCUGAUUGUAGACUCACCAAAUAAUGCGUUGGUACCCAAGGCUUUGGCUAAACUUGAGAAUAGACAAGUAUUAUUCUGCAAUAUAAUUGAUGAGUAUUGCAAUGCAAGAAAAGCAACUGUUGUACAAUUGUUUAUUGAUGUCUUAACCAACGGAGGUGACAAUGGAUCUAAACCUAUAGAAUUCUAUGCAAAUGAUGCAAAACGUUACAUUGGGGAUAUUUUAGCUUGGGCUUAUCAAAUUAUACCAGUUGAGAAGGAGAAUCUCACUAUCCUCUUGAAACAUUGUUCAAUGGUGGACAAAGAACAAAAAAUUACUGAUGCCCUAACAAAUAUUAUGGAAGCAUUAUGUCCAUUGCUAAAAGUAAGAGCAGAACUUAUACUUAAACCUGAUAAAGAUCCUCUGGUUCUGUGGUCUAUAACAAAUUUGAUUAUUUACUACAAGGAUAUUAUUCAAACUGUUAUAUCAAAAGGCCAUAUGAUAGAUACUUUCGAUGAACUUUCAAAGAAAAGUGAAGAUGUCUUCCUGAUGACAUUGGACAGUAAAAUUCAAAAAGAACUAAGUCAUGGUGUUAAAGCUCCCCCAUCAGACUUGAAUCCAUCAUUUGUUGUUACAGACUUAGUUAGUUUCUUGAGAGAUUUAAUGAAUAUCUCAAACAAUAGCAACAACACAGAUAAAAGAAUUAUAAUAACGCAUAUUUUAGAUCCGCUUUUGCAUGCAAUCAAUGAAACAGCAUGCCAUCUUAGUUCAGGUGAUAUGUCUGUAUACAUGUUAAACUGUAUUUAUCAUAUUCAAUGUACUCUGUCACUGUAUACUUUUCUAGAUGAAUAUAGCGAAAGACUGCAAGCACAAUCAGAGGCUCAAAUAGAUACAUUAACAUCUGAACAAGCCAGUUAUCUUGUAGCUAAUUUAAACAUGGGUCCUAUUUAUACAAUUUUGCAAGAAAAAAUAAAUGGACCCCUAUCAACAAUACCCGGUAUGGACACAACAUCAUUGAGAUCUUUCCUAAAUAAGUUUGACAUUUUCUUAGUAACACCUGAUGCUUAUAUCCUUCCACAAUUGAAUUUACUUAUUAGUCACAAUCACAAGUCAAUUGUGAAAAAAAGAGCAUUUGAUGUAAUAGUCGCUAUUUAUGAACAGUUAUAUCAAGCUAUACAGGACCCCAACAAUGCUUAUGUGGAACCUCACACUAUAGUAAAAAGAACACCAGAGGAAGUCAAGAAAUUACUGAUUUGAAAAUACAUAAAUAUAUAAUGUAAUAAUAUAUAAUGGUACUAAUUAUUUUAAACCUAUCAAUAUACCAGUUUUUAAGUUUACAGUUACCUGCCAAGC